AUCAGCACAUUUCCAUACAAACAUUCGUAGAGCUAGAUCAUCUUCAGACGUCAACAAUUACAUUAGCAAAUAUGGAGACUUCAUUGAAGAUGGAUCAUUCAAAAUAGAUGGAAGAAGUGCAAGAGGAUGUCCAUCAACAGUUGCAGAGGUAUAUGCAGAAGCAUUAAAUGCAAUUUCAAAGACUAAUGCUAUGAGGAUCAUAAAAGAGAAAGAUCCUAAGUCGUAUGUCAUUCAACGGCAUAACAUCUCUGCCAAUUUAGAUAAGGAAUUUCCAACUCCAAUGCGGAGAUAUAUAUCCCCAUAUAAUCCAAAUUCAUUAGACGAAUUACGUCAAUGGUCCAUUGAAAAUAUUAGUGAAGAUGCCACUGCGCGGCCAGAUAGACCUAAAUCUAUUUUCAUUGAGGGCCAUUCUUACCUUGGGAAAACCGUUUGA